UGUGGAACAGAGUACUGGGACACCUGUAAGGAGAACAUCAGGGCUGCUAUAGCAGGAGGCUGUAGGGUUCUCCAGAACCAUGUGUUGACCCAUAUAGAGGUGGAUGGGUGUAAUGACAGCCAGUCAGCAGCAGAGGGAGCUGUUCUUGGGCUGUUUACUUACGAUGACCUGAAAACCAAGAAGAAGACCAGAGUCACCACACAGCUGCAUGGCAGUGGAUGUGUGUCUGGCUGGGAGAAGGGCGUGUUGUACGGAGAGGGGCAGAACCUGGCCCGUUACCUGAUGGAAGCUCCAGCCAAUCAUGUCACUCCGUCAGUCUUCGCUGACACCAUCACAAACAGACUGGCUCCCUACGCCGACCACGUCACCGUCCAUAAGAGGUCUCAAGAGUGGAUAGAGGAGCAGCAGAUGGGAGCGUUCCUCAGUGUUUCUAAAGGCUCAGAGGAACCGCCUGUCUUCCUGGAGCUACACUACAACGGUUGUCCUGACAACGCACAGUGUCCUCUACUGCUGGUGGGCAAGGGCAUCACCUUUGACAGUGGUGGGAUCAGUCUAAAGCCUCCGUCAGGUAUGGACGCGAUGAGGGCUGAUAUGGGAGGAGCCGCCACGGUGUGUUCCGCCAUCGUCACGGCAGCAGCCCUCAACCUGCCAAUCAACAUCAUAGGUCUAGCACCUCUCUGUGAGAACAUGCCCAGUGGAAAAGCCAACAAGCCUGGAGAUGUCGUCACCGCCAAGAACGGCAAAACCAUACAGGUGGACAACACGGACGCAGAGGGACGGUUGAUCCUAGCAGAUGCUCUCUGUUACGCUCACAGCUUCAACCCCAGGGCCAUCGUCAACGCUGCUACCCUCACUGGAGCGAUGGAUGUUGCUCUGGGUUCAGCAGCGACAGGAGUCUUCACCAACUCUGACUGGCUCUGGGAACAGCUUCACAAGGCCAGUGUGGUAACAGGAGACAGGGUAUGGAGGAUGCCGUUGUUUCAACAUUACACCAGACAGGUCACUGACUGCCAGCUGGCUGACCUCAACAACGUCGGCAAGUACAGCCGUUCUGGCGGAGCCUGCACGGCGGCAGCGUUUCUGAGGGAGUUUGUGACGGCUCAUUGGGCGCACCUGGACAUCGCAGGGUGA